ACACAGACCCUUCUUCUUUCUUCUCUGACUCCCUAUUUCCUCGUCUUUUCCUUCCUUCAUUUUCUGUGAGAGGAUAAAAAAAAAAGAAAACGAACCCCAAACAACAACUCAUCAAUCAAUCAACCCUCUCCCUCCAAGAAACCAGAAGAUUCUCUACAAAAAUAAACCCUAAAAAAUAAAAAUCCCCAAAAUUCGAAACCCUAACUUUUUCUUCGAUUUUGGUUUGAUGUAAUAUAACUGAAGAAGAUUGAGAUCGAGAAGAGAUUCAGAAGAAGAAGAGUUAGGGUUUGAAAAGUAGGAAAUGACACAGCUGAAAACACAUCAAGACGGAAUACCAUCAACACCAGGGAAAAUCAAAAUGGAUAGAUCACCAUACAUUCAUCGAUUGAGAUGGCAAUUUUCAUUAGCAAAAUUAACAUUUUGGUCUUGUUUGUUUCUAGGUUUAAUCCUACUUUUCUUUUUGAGAUCGACACCUUCAUCUUCAUCUUCAUCAUACUCAUUAUUAUCAGGAACGGAUUCAACUCGUAGAUCUCUUGUGUCGACAUGGGGAGGACCAGAUUGGGAGAAGCGAGUGCGAGAUUCAUCUAAAAUACGAUCUCACAAUGGUAUAUCUGUACUUGUUACAGGUGCUGCUGGUUUUGUUGGUACUCAUGUAUCUGCUGCUUUGAAAAGAAGAGGUGAUGGUGUAUUAGGUCUUGAUAAUUUCAAUGAUUAUUAUGAUCCUAGAUUGAAAAGAUCUCGUCAAGCUAGACUCGAGAGAAGCGGUGUUUUUAUCGUUGAAGGUGAUAUUAAUGAUUCUGCUCUACUUAAGAAAUUAUUUGAUGUUGUUGCAUUUACUCAUGUUAUGCAUCUUGCUGCACAAGCUGGUGUUAGGUAUGCUAUGCAAAAUCCUGGUUCUUAUGUUAAUAGUAAUAUUGCUGGUUUAGUUAGUUUGUUUGAAGUGUGCAAAUCAGCUAAUCCACAGCCAUCUAUUGUAUGGGCAUCCUCUAGUUCUGUGUAUGGAUUGAAUAAUAAAGUACCAUUUUCUGAAAGAGAUAGAACAGAUCAACCUGCUAGUUUAUAUGCUGCUACAAAGAAAGCAGGUGAAGAGAUUGCACAUACUUAUAACCACAUAUAUGGUUUGUCCAUCACUGGGUUGAGGUUUUUUACAGUUUAUGGUCCUUGGGGUAGACCUGAUAUGGCUUACUUCUUUUUCACACGGGAUAUUUUGAAGGGGAAGCCGAUUCCGAUUUUUGAAGGACCAAAUCAUGGUACUGUUGCUAGGGAUUUUACCUAUGUUGAUGAUAUUGUCAAAGGGUGUUUGGGUUCGUUGGAUACUGCUGAGAAAAGUACAGGCAGUGGUGGGAAGAAGAAAGGACCUGCUCAAUUGAGGAUUUUCAAUCUGGGGAAUACUUCGCCAGUGCCGGUUACAACUCUCGUGAGUAUAUUGGAGAGACUUUUGAAGAAGAAAGCCAACCGGGUUAUGUUGAAAAUGCCUAGAAAUGGAGAUGUGCAGUUUACUCAUGCGAAUAUCACGUUGGCUCAGACGGAACUUGGUUAUAAACCUACAACAGAUUUGCAGACAGGGUUGAAGAAAUUUGUCAGGUGGUAUCUUAGUUACUAUUCUGAUUCUGGCAGCAAGAAGAGAAGCGACGAGUGAAUCCUCAACUGGCUGUUUGAUCAGAUCCAUUUGAAUUGUCCUUUUGAUUCUUAUGAUUUUUUUGCCCUUUACCUUCCUUUGCACGUUUCUCUUUUUCGUAUAUCUUAAAAAAAUACUGUCAUAUAAAGAGGAAACGAGAAUUCUGCGAGGGAGAGAGGUUCCGUGGUUAUUGGGCAUUGUUUCCAGGAUAUUCCUCUUUUGUUAUCAGAAGUAAAACAGAAGUGUCUCAGCCUUUUCCACAUAUUGCUUCUUUCCUUUUUCUUUUUUCCCCUUUUCAGAUUCUAGGAAUGUUGUUAUUGGUAGUUUCGGCAUUUGUACAAUCCAAGGCUGCAAGGUUACGAGCAUAUGCUGAUUGGUGGAGCUCUCGACAUGAUUUCAAUAAAACAGCGGAUGCCACUUGGUUCUCAUUCAUUUUCCUGAAUUGGUUGUAUUGCCACUGAUCAUGUGUUUUCGUACAUUCAUAGUUUUAGUGAUUAAUCUGGUGGAGAACGAACUAUUGUCAUCAGAAAUUUAGUCCUUUUGUUUCAUUUUAUUCAUUCGUUUACUUAAGUAGAACUACUUUGGUGGUUUUCUCCCCACUCUCUCCUUUCAUAACUCAUGAAACAACUUACUCACUGUCUUCAUAGUUAUGCAGGUGUAAGAUCUUGCAACUUCAUACUUUCUUAAUGAAAAGUUGAUUAUGUAUCCUAUUUAUUGGAC